UUCGACGUCAUAAGGGAACACACGUCCUCACCGCUGUCUCCUGCACUCUCACUCUAGCACCACCACAUCAUGGCAAGGAUGGUUCUUUUGGUGGUCUCUUCCCUACUAACCAUGGACCUAACUCUGGCGAGCUACAGUAACAACCUUAUCAACCUGAUCAUUCGUCCUGCGGGUCGCAGUCGCUCCUUCAAGUGGCUCGGCCGAGGAGACAUUGACAACAUUCCCAUCCAUGUUCCCCGGCCGGUCUUCCUCCCUCGCUGGCUCCCCAAGGAUAGGCCAGAGUAUGUGGCCAAGUGGGUCCCUACCACGCCCUCGCCACACGCCCGGAAACCUUCCUCUGAUUACUCUGGGUUCGGUGAUCUCAGGUCUAACUCUGUAGUUGAACCAUCAGUCUCAACAACCUAUGAUGCGGCACUGGUCCGCGCCUCUGAGACACCGCUUACUGGCUAUGCUCCUCCCCACCCAGACGAUAUCAUCUCUGAGACGCAAACGAGAAGCAACGUCGCUCCCGCCGACAGCACAUCGCCCGCCGUUGUGAAACCUCCACCUUCAGAGUACUUCUCCCAACAAGAAGCUCCGGUGCUCCCCGUGACGGCCAUCAGGAGUCAACUGAGUGUGUCCCCUCCAGCACCACUACAGCCCACCUUCAGCGCCCUCAUACAAGACGAAGCCUCUGUGCAGAUCAUAGACUUCGGUCCCCCUGAACCCGGCAGCAUCAUCGUCGAGGGCAACAGCAUAGACGUUCUAGAAACUACCGCUGACGAUUUUCUUGUGAGUGCCAUGAUUGACGGCACUCUGACAGCGUUCCACCCCGCCGCCGUCACCACCACCCUGGGGGGCGCCGUGAUCCAGGACAACACUGUUCCUCCUGAAGGUGAUGACGUGGUGUUCAUCGUAGGGCCUAACGAUGACGUGGUGAGGUCUACCUUCACCCCGCACACCACCACACUCCUCCUCGAUGACGAUGACCUUCAGUCCUCGCUCGAUAACCCCGGCAAGACUCUGGCGUCCCCCUCCGUCAUCACUCUGCCGCUGGAAGUCCCACAAGCAGACGUCAUUACUCAGGAAAAUGAAGUGAAGUUCAUCUUUGGCGACUCUCACCCACAGAACGCUGAGUUAACUCUGAGACACAACCAAGGUUCACAGUUACCUCACAACCAAGGUUCACAGUUACCACACAACCAAGGUUCACAGUUACCACACAACCAAGGUUCACAAUUACCACACAACCAAGGUUCACAGUUACCACACAACCAAGGUUCACAGUUACCACACAACCAAGGUUCACAGUUACCACACAACCAAGGUUCACAGUUACCACACAACCAAGGUUCACAGUUACCACACAACCAAGGUUUACAGUUACCACACAACCAAGGUUUACAGUUACCACACGACGCCUCACUAAGCCAAGAGUUUCAGCCCAGUCCAGUUUUUAAUGUAAAUCAAGACCCUCUAACCAGUGAAGACUUUCAGCCCAACCCGGAGUUUAUAUCAACGCUCAACUCACAACCCAAUUUAGAAUUUGUGUCUGAGGGAAAUUUCGAAAAUGAUCCCGAAAUCCUAUUUAACGAUAAUGCUCAGCAGCCAUCAGGGAACUCAGAAGAAACAAGACCCGUGUUGUUGCCCGGCGAUAGUAUCUUAAUCACUGUGGGGUCCAGCCAAGACGUUCAGUUUAACAAUGACUUUGAGUCCAGUCGCACGUUCCAGUCUAGGGAGAGUGUUGGUGCAGCUGAUCCCGAGGACCUCAUCACGUCCCGGGCGGCACCCCUGGCCAGACCAGCAUUGAUGGCCCCGCCCGCAUUGCCGCCCCUGCUAGACGGCCGCGCCCUCACCCACCUCACCUCCCUUCCCGUCACUGACUUUAUCCCGCAACCAGUGGUGGUCCCCCUCGUUCCGUCGUCCAUCACGCUGGACCUACCUCAGGAGGACCUCCGGGGCAGGCAGGCUCGGGUUCUCUCUGGUACACACUCGUUCCCUGACCGGAAGUUCGAAGCCUCCCAGAUACUGCCAUACGGCGCCCGCUUCCACCCUAGACGACGGCAGCACCCCAGGCGGAUGUUCUUCGGCUGAAGGAAGGAGGAACACGCCAUCAGAAAGUCUUUACAGAAUCGUAGGUUAAAAUUCUCUGUGUCAACCUGAAUCAUUUCACCCAAUACACUAACAUGGCGGCCAGAGUGGUGGUCAUACUGCACGGACAUUCUCUCUCUAGGAAAGAUUUAUUCUCUUAUUAACAGACAAUUUUUCAAUUACAAAUCUGAAAAUCCGAAGUUAGACAACGUGACUUGAUACAAAACUGUUAAACUAAUUUUUCGGGUGAAAUAAACCAACCUAACCUUUCCUAACUUAAAACUAAGCCUGAUCUAACCUUAGCCUAGCAUAAACCAAACUAAUACUACCACAGAAUCGUUAGGUUAGCGGCCUAACAAGAUCAAUGUUCUAUUUUAUCCACUCUUGUUUGGGGAUAUCUGUCCAACAUUGCGACAUUGAUCACCUUCGACACUGUAGCCGAAUACUACAGGUGUGUGUAUGUGUAAUUAUCUGUGAUUUUUUAAUACAUUUAAAUGCAAUUAUAUAGAUAAAUUUAUUAAAUGGUAACCUUCAGUGUUAGGUAACCAUUAUUAUUAGUAGGAGUAGUAGUAUUGUUGUUGUUGUUGUUGUUGUUAUUUCAUUAGUGGUAGCAGCAGGAUUGUCAUCAUUCUUGUUAGUGCUCUUAUUAUCAGUUAUUAUUGUUAUAUAUUUCAUUAUCAUUGUUAUUAUUAUCAUUGUUAUAAUUGUUA